AUGUUGCGAGGGCAGCCGGCGUUUCGGGCACGGCCGACGUACUCGGACAACGAGGAAGGGAGUGCGUUUCUCGAGCGUGCACAGCCAGAUGACAACGAUGCGCACGAGCACGCAAAGCGGCGUGCGCCGCGCUCGCGGCUGUGGUCGUGGCUUGGCUUUGGCAGCGCACGCGCCGCGCCGCGGCAGCGGCGCAUUGCGUUUGACGAGGCCGCGCAGCCCACCUCGCGCUUUCCCCCGAACGUAGUACGGAACCAGAAGUACAAUGUGGUGACGUUCCUCCCUAUGGUGCUGUACCAGCAGUUCAAGUUCUUUUUUAACCUCUACUUUUUGCUCGUUGCGCUGAGCCAGUUUGUUCCUGCGCUCAAGAUUGGCUUUCUCCUGACCUACAUUCUCCCGCUUACGUUUGUGCUGUGCGUCACAAUUGGAAAGGAGGCGUUCGAUGACUAUGAGCGGUACAGACGCGAUACGGAAAGCAACAGUAUGCCGUACGCCGUGCUUGGCGCUGUGGACACGCAAAACGUCGGCGCUGCUUCGCACAUGCUGGACGUGGAAGCUGUGCUGCCACACACACGCAUCACACACAUGUCAAGCAGCAAACUCCGUGUAGGCGACAUUGUUGUGCUGCACAAGAACCAGCGCGUGCCUGCAGACAUGGUGCUGCUCAAAACCUACGUCGCGGACGCCGCAGACGACGUGGGCAGCGAGCCGAGCCAGCUUAUUACGGGCGACUCGAAGCAGAGCGAUGCGGUGCGCACCGCCGCAGUCGAGGAGGCCGACGUGGGCGGGACGUGCUUUAUCCGCACCGACCAGCUCGACGGCGAGACCGACUGGAAAUUACGGAUCGCCGUGCCGCUCACGCACCACAUGUCUGAGGAAGAGAUUGUGCACCUCCGUACGCGCGCAGCGAUCGUUGCCGGGCCCCCGUCCAAAGAUUUGCACGCAUUUUCCGGCAACUUGACGCUCCAGCCGCGCACGGCAUCGCCCGACGAAUGGCUCCACUCGCAAGGAGCGGUGCCGAUGGAGCAGCAAGCCCAUACUGUCCCGCUCACGACCGACAAUACGCUUUGGGCGAAUACUGUGCUUGCGGCAGGUCGCGCGAUUGGGUUUGUGGUGUACACGGGGCGGGAGACGCGCGCGGUGAUGAAUACGAGCCAUCCGCAAACCAAGGUGAGCUUGCUCGACAUGGAGAUCAACCGUCUCUCCAAGAUUCUGUGCUGCGUGACGCUCUCACUUUCUAUCACGCUCGUCGGCUUGAAUGGGUUCCGCGGCAAGUGGUGGAUCUACAUCUUCCGCUUUUUGAUCCUGUUUAGCUCGAUUAUUCCCAUCAGUCUGCGUGUGAAUUUGGAUAUGGGCAAGACGGUGUACGCCCACCAGAUCCAGAGCGACAAGGAGAUUCCCGGCACGAUUGUGCGCACGAGCACACUCCCAGAGGAGCUCGGGCGUGUCGAGUACUUGCUCAGUGACAAGACCGGUACGCUAACGCAAAACGUGAUGGAAGUCAAGCGCCUCCAUCUCGGCACGAUGAGCUACAGUUGGGAUAGCAUGGACGAAGUCCGUACUCAGCUCGCCGUCGCGCUGGGCCAAACGCCGUCGAAAGCGCCGGCACGUCGCGGCGGGCGCGCAUGGCGCGAUAUGAGCGCGCGCGUCUACGACGUCGUGACUGCGCUCGCGCUUUGCCACAAUGUAACGCCGGUGGUGGACGAGGACGGAAGUGUGACGUACCAGGCGAGCAGUCCCGACGAAGUCGCGAUUGUGGAGUGGACCGAGUCUGUUGGUUUGGCGCUCAACGCGCGCGACCAGCGGACCAUGCAGCUUCGCACGCUCGACCACGGCACGCUUGGCUUUGAUAUCCUGGAAAUCUUCCCGUUUACCUCAGAGCGCAAGCGCAUGGGCAUUGUGGUGCGCGAUCGUGCGACGGGCGACAUUAGCUUCUACCUAAAGGGCGCCGACGUCGUCAUGGGCAAGAUUGUCACGCAGAACGACUGGCUCGAAGAAGAGACGGGGAAUAUGGCACGCGAAGGACUGCGUACGCUUGUCAUUGCGCGGCUCCGGCUCAGUAAAGAGAGCUGGCAUCUGUUUGAGCGUGCAUAUGCGCAAGCACGCAUCCGCGUCGAGCAGCGCGACGAAGCAAUGGCGGCUGUCGUCGCGCAGCACCUGGAGCAGAACAUGGAGCUCUUGGGGCUUACCGGCGUUGAAGACAAGCUCCAGGAAGGAGUCAAGACCACCCUCGAGCUUUUGCGCAACGCAAGCAUCAAAAUCUGGAUGCUGACUGGAGACAAGAUCGAGACGGCAACGUGCAUUGCGAUUUCGACCAAGCUCGUCGCGCGGAACCAGUAUAUCCACCAAGUUGCCAAGCUCGGCACAGUGGCUGCGGCGCUGGAUACGCUCGUGUUCCUUCAGUCCAAGCUGGACAGCUGCCUGGUCAUUGACGGCGACUCGCUCCAGUUCUUCUUUGACCAUUUUUGCACCGAGUUUGUAGAGCUUGCCACGCAGCUGUCUGUCGUCGUUGCCUGCCGCUGCUCGCCGACACAGAAAGCAGAAGUGACCAAACUCAUCCGCAGCUACACGAACCGGCCCGUGUGCUGUAUUGGCGACGGAGGAAACGACGUCUCCAUGAUCCAAGCCGCGAAUAUCGGAGUUGGUAUUGUCGGCAAAGAAGGCCGGCAAGCUUCUCUCGCCGCCGAUUUCUCCGUAAAGCAGUUUAGCCACCUCGGCAAGCUCUUACUCUGGCACGGGCGCAAUUCGUACCAGCGCAGCGCAAAGCUCGCACAGUUUGUCAUCCACCGCGGUCUGAUUAUUAGCAUUAUCCAGGCGGUCUUUUCCGCCAUCUUUUUCUUUGCCCCGAUUGCACUCUACCAAGGCUGGCUUAUGGUGGGGUAUGCAACGAUUUAUACCAUGGCGCCCGUGUUUAGUCUUGUACUGGACCGCGAUAUUAGCGAGGAUAUGGCCAUGCUCUACCCAGAACUAUACAAGGACCUGACCAAGGGCCGGAGCUUGAGCGGCAAGACAUUUACUACGUGGCUCAUGAUUAGUGUCUACCAGGGCGGCGCAAUCAUGAUUGCAAGUCUGCUUUUGUUCGAGAACCAGUUCCUCAACAUUGUUGGGAUCUCUUUCACCGCGUUGGUACUCAACGAGCUGAUCAUGGUUGCUUUGGAAAUCACGACUUGGCAUGUCUACAUGGUACUUUCCGAAGUGGCCACGUUGCUCAUCUACUGCUUCAGCAUCGUGCUGCUCCCCGAAUACUUUGACUUGCGUUUCGUCCUGACCUACGACUUCUUCUGGAAAACGGCUAUUAUUGUGCUUGUUAGCAGCCUUCCGCUCUACCUGAUCAAGGCCGUCCGCGCGCGCCUCUCGCCACCGAGCUAUAGCAAGUUGAGUAUGUCGUAA